AUGGUGGCGGAGGAGAUUGUGGUCUCCCUCUCAGGAGGAGCUCCGUGGGGCUUCAGGCUGCAGGGAGGAGUGGAGCAGCAAAACCCUCUACAUGUGGCCAAGGUACGCAGACGCAGCAAAGCCUGCAGAGCUGGACUGAAAGAGCAGGAUGAGCUGGUUGCCAUUGACGACCAUGUGUGUGCAGAGCUCAGUCAUGCCCAGGCGAUGAGCAUCAUAGAUUCACAGAGCGCUACACUCAGCCUGAGGGUGAAAAGGGCCCCCUCUGGAUUCCACUCCUCAUCCUACUCUGGUCACUCCGCACCCCCCCGCUCCUCCGUGAGGGUCCUGUCUCCCCCUGUGCCCUCCUUGUCCUCCCAGCGUCCCUCAGUCCUCUCGCCCAUCGGGAUACCCAAGGGCAUCACUUCCCCUCCAGACAGUGAGGCCUACUAUGGAGAGACAGACAGCGACGCAGACACUCAGGCCCUCACUCACCGCCGCCAACGCCGCACGCCUCCUCAUGCACGCUCACCUGCACGCUAUGACAACCAAGAAGAGGAGGAGACCUCGGAGAUGAGCGGGUAUGAGAGUGCCACGGAUGCGGGGGGUUCCCUGCAGGUGCCAUGGGAUAGUCAGUGUCUGGUUGGCGUCCCCCGCAGAGAGCUGAUCUACCAGCCCCUCCAGACAGAGUGGACCGCUCCGGCACACAACCCACACACCCUGACCCCUCGUACACUCGUCCCGACCCCCGAUCAGGGGCUGGUGGAAGCGGAGGGUGAGGGUGACAGUGGCUUCCAGGAGGCAGGGGGCUGCAUCGGGCCCAGCUGCGUGCCCCUGGUGUCACCUGAGCGGGCGAAAGAGGCUCUGAUGUUGGGCUCCAGCAAACAGCUGGUGCCCAUGGUGGGGAUGCACACCCCCAUCAGUGAUGAGCUCUCCACCACCUACAUGGACAAAGCACGGCAAGCCAAGCUGCAGCGCGGGGAGAGUGUGGUGGAGAAGCAAGUGAAAGAAGCUCGUACCAAAUGCCGCUCUAUCGCCUCUUUGCUGACUGAUGCUCCCAACCCCAACUCAAAAGGGGUUCUUAUGUUCAAGAAGCGCCGACAGAGGGCAAAGAAGUACACGCUGACCUGCUUUGGCAAAGCUGAGGGAGAUAGAGGAGAGGACACCGAGGGAGAGACAGGAGGGGAGACGGAGGAGGAAGGAGGAAAUUCCAUCCUAAGUGGCUCGGAAGUGGAUGAAGAGGGAUUCUCAUCAUCAUUUGACCCCACGUGGGACUCGGGUUAUCUGGAUCUGCUGGACAGGAGAAGCUCUGCCUGCCCGUCAUCCGCACCAACUACUCCAACAACACCAAAAGCCAAUCACAGCCUAGGGUUGGACAUCUCAGCCUAUCAGAGUCCAGGACUUCUGACCCCUGUCAAUCAAACCCCAGGGUUGGAGGGCUCAGGGCUGGAGAGCUCACCCUAUCAGGGUUCAAGGCUGGAGAGCGGCAUCACAAAGCCCUCAACGAUCAACCACCCUGCACACAUGUCUCCUCCCGCUGUCGCUCACACCAAUGGUGUGUCAGUAGCUGUCAGUCGGGCGAGCGUUGUUCUGAGCGCACCCUCUCAGACUCCUCUUCAAAGUCAAAAUGGUCCACAUGGUUCGACCCCAAACAUUAGUCCGAGCUCUGUCACAGACUCAGACCAUCACCUGGACAACCUUGGUGCUAAUCCAAGCGUUCUGAACCGCACCGCACGACCUUUCACCCCUGGCCCGACCCCUUCUCGUGCAUCUGUAACCUCUGUCAUGUUUCGCCCUCCCCAGGCCAAACCCAUGAUGGUGUCCAUGGAAACCAAACCUGUGGCGGCCGUCUCCAUGGUGACAAUACUGCCUACUCGCCAUCCAUCAGGGCCAGAUGCGCGGAGAGCGGUGUCUAGCACCUCUCUGUACAUCCCUCCAAGACAUAACAACACUCACCCCUCUGUUAACUCCCCUCCCUCAGCUCUCUCGCCUCCCUACUCUCUUUCUUCUGCACCUUUCUCCCCGACUCUAGCAAACACACAAAUGUUUUCUCCUCAGCCUGCAGUGCAUGCUUCUCCUGCCACCCCUCUGUCUCCACCUGUAGCUCAAGGAAGCCCAGUCGGUCCAUCACCUGCUCAAACCUUCUCCCCUCCAGCUCCACUUCUACAUCCCUCUACUCCUGCUCAGGCUUACACACCUCCCUCUGCUUGUCUUCCUGCUCUUCCCAUCUCCCCACAAUAUGCCCCUGACCCACCUCAAAUGUCCUUCAAUGCCCAGAACACCCAUCUUCCUGCGCCCACCCAGCCUUACCCAUCUCCAUCUGUUCACCCUUACCUAAACAUGUCAGGUGGAAUAACUCCUAACCCCCAUGCUGCCAUGUCAACUGCAUCGCCUCCGCAAGCUCCCGCCUCUGAUUCACUUGCAACACGUGAGCAGCGCAUCUCUGUCCCUGCCGCUCGCACCGGCAUCCUGCAUGAUGCCCGUCGUCGUAGCAACAACAAGCCGAUGUUUUGUGCAGUCCAGAACAAAGAUGUUUCUCCCAACCCGGAUUUGCUGUCGAUGGUCCAGAACAUGGAUGACCGCUUCGUGAGACCCCCGGCUGCUGAACCUGGAGUUCCACCCAGUGGGGAGACUGGGCACGAGUCGGGGCCUGAGGAGGACUGGCUGAGACUAGGGGCAGAGGCCUGCAACUUCAUGCAGGCUCAGCGCGGACCCAGGCCCCCCCCUGUGGCCCCAAAACCACAAGCUCCUCAGAUGCCACAGCUGGCAGGGAAGGGAGGGCAGCUGUUUGCCCGCAGACAAAGCAGGAUGGAUCGAUAUGUUGUGGAUCGGUCUCCCUCUGUGGCUGCAGCACCUUACUCUCCUGCCCAGACAAGGGAGCCCUCACCCACGCCUUCUCUCCCUGCCACCUGGAAGUACUCAUCCAGCAUCCGUGCUCCACCUCCCAUCAGCUACAACCCCCUCCUCUCACCCUCCUGCCCUCUGAAAGUCCAGAAGAAGCCUGAGGUGAAAAAGGCUGGGCCAGCUGCAGGGUCGAAAGGGAAGAAAGCGGGCAUCAAGCCUGUGGACAUCAUGAGCUACCAGCCCUACCAGCUCAACUCCUCCCUGUUCACCUAUGGGAAUGGGGUUCCCCAGGACACAUCAACCUAUCAGCAGCAGCGAGGAAUGUCAGGUGUUCCUCAGAAAACAGCACGAGUAUACGAGGUGAAGCGCUUCUCCACUCCCCCACCGAUAUCCACAGGGCCUGCCCUCAAAGUUAUCGUCCCUCGAUCUGCUACGACACUCGGAGAACCACUGUGGCGCUCUGAUGUCACGUCUCCACCCACAGUUGGUCCUGCCUCUUACCAACCCUAUCAGCCUCAACCCCAUCCUUACCAACCUCAGUGGGCCAACGGUCCUCUGUCUCCCCCGCCGCCUCCUGCCCCUACCGCCCCACUUCCUCAUCUUCCCACCUUCUCCUCUUCUCCGGCUCCAAACCCGCCAUCCAACGCUGCCCAGGCCGGCAGGGAUUUCAAGAGCGCCCCAGAUCUUAGUCCCCUGAGUCCGAUUGGUGCCUCACAGCCAGCCCUCAGCAGCGCUCUGCCUGCCAGGGUACCGAAGCCCAGGUUCAGCACUUCCAACCUGGGCCUGCAGCCCAGCGUCUGGCGCCCUGGAUCCACCAUGCACUGA